UCGUAAGUAAAGGUUAGAUUUGAGUAGGGCAGCCAAUUCCUGAUCAAGGAGAUAAAAAGCUAAAAAUGGGAAGGCCUCCUUCUUGUGAUGAGAGUGGCCAGAAGAAAGGCCCUUGGACGCCUGAAGAAGACCAAAAGCUUGUCAAAUAUAUCCAGAAACAUGGACAUGGAAGUUGGAGAGCUCUUCCAAAACUUGCGGGGCUAAACAGAUGCGGGAAGAGUUGCAGAUUAAGAUGGACAAACUACUUAAGACCUGACAUAAAGAGAGGAAAAUUUUCCCAAGAAGAAGAACAGACAAUUCUGAAUCUCCAUGCUGUUCUUGGCAACAAAUGGUCGGCAAUCGCAAGCCACCUACCCGGUCGUACGGACAAUGAAAUCAAGAAUUUCUGGAACACCCAUCUGAAGAAAAAGCUUAUUCAGAGGGGAUAUGAUCCCAUGACCCACCGUCCUCAAACCGAUCUCUUCUCAAGCUUGCCUCAUCUUAUAGCUCUGGCUAAUCUGAAGGAGCUUUUGGACCAUCGCUCAUGGCUAGAACAGGCUGUGAAACUACAGGCAGAGGCGGCUGUUCAAAUGGCGGCUAAUGUUCAAUACCUACAAUAUCUCUUCCAACCUCUAGCAUCCAACGGAACUACCACAAACAGCAUAAACAGUUUCACUACUGAAAUGGAGACUUCUACUCAUUUGAAUUUACUCUCUUCAAUCAAAGAUAUUGACUUAGGUUUGUGUUCAUCUCAAUUGGACAUGACCCCAACACAAUCUCUUGUAACAUCCACCGUUCAACCAGACCAUGAUGCAAUCUCCUUCUCUCAUCUGCCUGACUUGCAGAUCAUCCCAUGCGCAUAUGAAACACGGCUAGAAAAGGGAUCUAAUGUUCAAGCUCCUGAGUAUACUGCGUUCAACCUAGGAGAAAACUCUCCUAAUACUCCAUGGCUUGCUUCAUCUUCAAGUAAUCCAUCUCCCAAUUCUGUGGCUCCGCCUAUGACAGAGUCUUCUAUCAACAAGUUAGGCGAUGUUUGUAGUACUUCAAGCUACGAAGGAGCUGCCCCUUCCUAUUGGCCUGGUCUCCUCCUCGAGGACCUUUUAUUUCAUGAGAUUUCUUAGGUUUAGAUCUGUCUCUGAGGUUUUCAGUUGCACCAACCCUUGACUGUGUGUACUACUAGUUCGAAGCAUGCAUACUCUUCAUAACUAUA